UCUCUCUACGCCGAUGCAGAGGGCAAAGCCGUCGUUACUCGCCUCUCGCUUCCGGCACCCCGUGACGAUGAGAUUCUCGUCAAGGUCCUGUACUCGGGUGUCAAUCCGUCCGACUUUAGAACGUUAAAGUUCUUCGACUGCCGACGGCGCGUGCUGGGCAAUGAGUUCUGUGGCAAGGUGCUCGAGAGCCCUGGCCUGGCCAACUCGACCUUCAAGGCAGGUGACGUUGUCGCCGGCUACACAGAUGGCUCCAACAACCGCCCGGAGCGCUUCGGCACGCACCAGGAAUAUAUAUCCAUCCCGCCUGCCUGGGCCUUCCAGGUACCCGAGAACGUGCCUCACCCCAACGCGGCGGCUCUCCCCGUCGUGGUUCAGACUGCCAAUGAUGCGCUUUUCAACCGGUUCCAGCUGCCCCUCCCGCAAGAUGCCAAAGGUCCCAUCGAGGGAACCAUGGUCAUCUGGGGCGGUGCCACCUCUGUCGGCAUGGCCGCGAUCCAGCUCGCGCGCGCCAGCGGCAUCACCUCCAUCAUCGUCACGGCGUCGCCGAAGCGGCAUGAAUUUCUCAAGAAGCUGGGUGCGACCCACUGCUUCGACUACAACGACGAGGACACCGUGGCCAGCAUCAAGGCACUAAUAUUGCAAAGCGCCGGCGACGACGGGCGUGUCUGGGGGUUCGACGCGGUCGGCACCAUCAGCACGCCCAGUUCGCAGACGCUCCUCGCCAGUUCGAUCCCCAGCAGGAGCGGCGACCGCGUUCGCCUCGUGACCGUACUCAUCAUGCCCCAAGAAGGCUUCGAGCCCUGUGUCGGGGCGCGGCAUUACCAGGUUGCGUUUGACCUGCCCAACGGGCGCAAGAUUGAUUUUCCUCCCGACAUGGAGGCGGCGGACAGAAUGUGGAAGGCCCUCCGCUGGGUGGUGGAUCAUUAUGGCAAAGAGUUCCAAGAGACCCCCAUUCGAAUCUUUGAGGGAACAGCGGAGGACGCGCUGGAAGAGGUUGCCAAGGUCGAGACCACCGGGACAUUUGGAAAGUUGGUGCUGGCGCAGCCAUGGGUUGUCAAAAGGGACUAGAAGCCUGGAUCUGCCAUUGAAUCUCAGACCAAGCUCUCUCUCCCCCUGAAGCUUUCUGA